GCCCUGGGCCCCAGGCCCUGGCGCAUGCGCACUCUCGCCCCCGCUUUCUCCUCCCUUCGCUUCCCUUCCCUCCAUUCUCGCGCCCUUAGCGGAGUCAGCCCCGCCUCCCGCCAGCCGAGGCCACGCCCCAAGAAGCAGUUCCGGUUCGGGCGGGCGCUGCCGCGGGCGCUGCCGCGGGCGCUGCGGUGCCCGAGGCCCCAGUGUGAUGCUCACGCUCAGCCGCCCCUCGUCGCCAGCUCCGCCUUCGCCCCCGUCUCCGCCCCCGCCAGAGGCCCCCGGCCCCGACUCUGCCCCGAGGGGCCGCCGGAACAGCCGCUGCGAGGAGAGCCGCUGCAACCCGGGCGAAGAGGAGGAGGAGGAGGAGGAGGAGGAGCAGGAGGAACAGGAGGAGGAGCAGGAGGGCCAGGAGGGCUCCUGCCCCGAGUGUCGGAAGAGUCCGGCGGGCCCGGCCAAGAAGACAAUGGCAGCGCAUAACCAACUCUGCAUUCGCCGUUGGACUACUAAGCAUGUUGCUAUAUGGCUGAAAGAUGAAGGCUUUUUUGAGUAUGUAGACAUCUUAUGCAAUAAACAUAGACUUGAUGGACUCACACUGCUAACAUUGACUGAAUAUGACCUACGGUCACCUCCUCUGGAGAUUAAAGUCUUGGGAGACAUCAAAAGGUUGAUGUUAUCAAUACGUAAACUGCAAAAAGUACAUGUUGAUGUUUUAGAAGAGCUGGGUUACAGCAGUGACAGUCUCCUUGGCCCCAUGUCACCUUACAUCAGUGUUCUGCCGGGCUCAGACUGGCUUUGUAAUGGGGAACUGCCACAUGACUGUGAUGGACCUAUCACUGACUUGAAUUCAGAUCAGUACCAGUACAUGAAUGGGAAGAACAAACACAUGGUUCGAAGAUUAGACCCAGAAUACUGGAAGACCAUAUUGAGUUGCGUAUAUGUGUUCAUAGUAUUUGGGUUUACAUCCUUCAUCAUGGUUAUAGUCCAUGAACGAGUGCCUGACAUGCAGACUUAUCCACCACUACCAGAUAUAUUCCUAGAUAGUGUCCCUAGGAUUCCAUGGGCCUUUGCCAUGACAGAAGUGUGUGGUGUCAUUCUCUGUUACAUCUGGCUGCUGGUGCUUCUCCUUCACAAACACAGGUCAAUUCUCCUUCGAAGACUCUGCAGCCUGAUGGGCACUGUGUUCCUGCUUCGCUGCUUUACCAUGUUUGUGACUUCCCUCUCUGUGCCUGGACAGCACCUCCAAUGUUCUGGAAAGCUAUAUGGCAGCGUUUGGGAAAAACUGCACCGAGCCUUUGCUAUAUGGAGCGGCUUUGGUAUGACCUUGACUGGAGUACACACUUGUGGAGAUUAUAUGUUCAGUGGCCACACAGUUGUUCUGACUAUGCUGAAUUUCUUUGUUACUGAAUAUACACCAAGAAGCUGGAACUUCUUGCAUACUCUGUCCUGGGUCCUCAACCUCUUUGGAAUCUUCUUCAUUCUGGCUGCACAUGAACAUUACUCAAUUGAUGUGUUUAUUGCCUUUUAUAUCACCACAAGACUCUUUUUGUAUUACCAUACUUUGGCCAAUACCAGAGCAUAUCAGCAGAGUAGGAGAGCAAGGAUCUGGUUUCCCAUGUUUUCUUUUUUUGAAUGCAAUGUUAAUGGUACAGUACCUAAUGAGUAUUGUUGGCCUUUUGCAAAACCUGAAGUAAUGAAGAGAUUAAUUGGUUGAAGAAUGUGUCUUUGUAAAGGGUUCAUGAUCAAAUAUACAGAAAUGGUUUCAAAAACUAAUAACUUUAUUUUUUUCCUUGUUGUGUUUCUGAAUGCCUUGUUACUUGGCUUGUUAGUUGACAGAGUGGGACUUUCUUUGCUUAGCAAGGUUGUAGUUGUAAAAAGUAAGCCUUGAAUAGUCCAGAGUACUUAAGUAGGUGUUUGAACAAAAAACUCAAAUAAUCUUUUUCCUUUUAGGGGAAGGGCAGGGAGGGAGAGUACAGAUUUGGUGUUAGUAUUUUGAGAUAGGUACAUUUCUUGUUGAAAAGAAGAUUUCUGCUGAUUGUGGCAUGAUUAUAUUCAAGAAAUUAUAUUUUGUGGAAGUUGCUUCCAGUUAUCUUCAAAGAAAAUCCAUGAGCAAUACUUGUCAUUUAUAAGCAGCGCUCUCUCGCUCUCUCUCUCUCUCUCUCUCUCUCUCUCUCUCUCUCUCUCUCUCCUCCUCCUCUCCCUCUCUCUCCUCUCUCUCUCUCACUCACUCACACACACAGAUUCUCUCUUCUCUCUCUCCCCCUCUCCAUACACAUAAACACAUAUGCACAUAUAUGUUCAGAAAGUAUAAUUCUGAAGAAUGAAUAAGUUUCAUUGGCUAAUAACUGCCUUCUGAGUCUGCCAUCUCUGAGAAGAUACUGUGUUACACCAAGAUGCCUGAGACUAGGCGAAAAUAAUAAAAGGGGCAUUUGAUGGGGUGGACAGAGUGCUGAUGACAAAGCCAUCAACAGAUGCAAGUCACUGAUCCCACUGCAUUUGUGACCAGAGGAGCAAACAAUAUAAAAUAUUUCCUUUCCACUUGGGGGCCUCAGUUUAGCCUUCAGUUGGUAAGAAGAGAUGGCCACAUUCAUUGGAAAAUAACUAUGGUUUAGUUUUAGUGACAUCACCUUGAACAAACUUGUACUUUUUAAAGAUAAAUUAUUUAACUAGAGAAAUGGGAGUGUUUUCUAGAUACUGAACAAGAUUUUUAUGCCCUGUAAAUAAGGAAAAUAAGCAUGUGAUUGUUUUAACUUCUGAAAAAGAGCUUAAUAGCAAAUUUCAGAGUUUUCCCCCCUUCUAUUUUUGAAUUUUGAAGUUUCUGGUUCCAGCUUAUUGAAAAAUGAGCAAGUAUAUCUAGAGAUGCAAAGAUAAUUUGGUUUGGUUUGGUUUUUUUAAACACAAACUUGUAAAUACAUUCUUUUUACCAAGUCUUAUUUCAGCAGCCAGCACAUUAGAUUAGCUGCUUGUUUACAACACUAGAAGUGAAGUAUACUGAAUAAUUUAGCUUCUAAGAUACCAUUGGUUGCUUUUUGGGAAUGAUUCUGUUUUGUGGUUGUGACUAGAGAAUAGUUAUAAAACUGGAGUUUUGAAAUCUUUGGUGGGCAUACAUAGUAUGCCCUGCUCUUAGCCAUCCUCUGAAAACCCUGUGGGUAAGCUUAGCCGCUUGAAAGCUUCAUUGUGCAGUCUUAACAUUACUUUUUAUACAUAGUAAGUUGGAGAAGAUGCUUGAUUCGAAGCAUUUACCUUGAGGCCCUAAAUGAGGCCAACCUAGUAAUAGCCUGCUCCUUCUUUGCCUUUUUCUUUUGGCACUUUAAUUAAUCUCCCGCCCAUUAGCUGCAGAGGACCCAGGAUGGAUUACAGGGGAAAGUAUUAUUAUCCUAGCAAGACUUACCUUGGUACUAGGUGACCUCAAUUUGUGUCGGCUUUGAACUUUACCUUUAAGUUCACCCCUGAAUGUCCAUAGGAGAUACCAAGUAUGGAACAAGGCUAAUAUAAGUUUUAUUAUGUUCUGUAGUCCCUGACACAUGGAAUUCUUCUAAGACCUUAAAUCGUCAAUCUUGUUAUAUUGAGGGGGAGGGCAAAAAUGCUGACAUCUCAUCCAAGGAAAUUGCAUUGUCUUGAAGGAUGAUUGUUUCUAUGCCAGUCUGAGUAGUUAAUAUUAAACUGAUCUGCCCCCUCCCCCUUGAGGUCAAGAAAUGGCCAGUGUUAUUGCUUUAUUUUCUGAGUGGCAAAAAGAAUUGACAUCCCCUUUUGAACUCAGAUACAGUAUAGCUUAGCUAGGGAAGGUCAGAUAAUUGCUUCUGGAGAAACUGUUCAAAAUAUGUUGUAACAUUAACUCAAAUAUGUUAAAUACUUAUUUAAUGAUCAUUUUUUCCAUCUCUAGUCUUUUCUUCAUUUAAUUUUUAAGACUCAAAAAUAAAAAUGCAGUUAACCUUUUCAGAGAUACUGACAUUGAGAGCACCUAACCGUCGGCUGCUUUCGAGCUUCAUUAGCUGUCAGAAUUUAAAGAUAACUUUUUAACCUGGCAUUUACUCGUGUAUGUUGUUAAAGCAAAAAGUAGAGGUUUGUAAUUUAUUAUUGUAGCUAUUCUAAGACAGUGUUUACAUGAACUAAAGUGAUCAUCUCAAAGGCUCUUUCCUGAAAGACUUUGAGACAAAAUUCUUUUCAGUUUUUUAAAUGUGAAAUAUAUAUAUUCUUGUAAUUUUUUUGUCCAGAAAUUUCCAGUUUUACCUUCAAAUCUUUAUUUUUCCCUCUUACAAACCAAGCCAUAGUGAUGAUAAUAUAUAUGUUUACAUUUUGGGCUUCACACACACUAGGUCUACAUCAUUGUUUAAUGACAUUAUGAUUCUACCACUGUGAAUUGGUGAGGCACUCACAUCACCAAGAAAUCACGGUUUAAGUUUCCCCAUUUUCAAGGUGCUGCGGAGUAAUGUGUAGAAGGAAAGCAAGGGUUUGAAUUUUGCAAGCAAAAGUAGGUAGUUUCCCUUCUGGUUCUGAUGUAGUUGCUGGGGUUCUGGGGCUCUAGGGUUCUGUUCUUUAGACUAGCAAAGGGGUGCGAUUUUAAGUCACUACUGAAGUACAGUGGGACAGGAGGAGGCUUGAGAAAGGGAAGUCCCAUAAUGGUCCCCAUAAUUGGUCCUACUGUUGUUCUGCAUUCCUAGUGCCUCUUUUCCUCCCUUGCUGUAGUCUGGUGUGGCCAAACAGAGAAAGCAAAAACCAAAACCAAUUUUGUAAAAAUUGCAAAAGGAGUCUCCAUCUUUUACAUCUUAUCAUGGUCUUUUGGUUUUUUUUGAAGGAAGAAAUCAGUAAACUUAGAUUUAGAGAUAGGGACUUGAAUAAGUGUGAGUUGUUCAAAGACAAAAUUCACUGACUAGAAACUUGGUGUUUCAAAAACAGAAUUUUAUGAAUAACAUUAUGAGUAUUCUUCCUUUCUUUUUGCCUGUAUGUUGUUUCAUGGAACUCCAGAAAGCCAACAAAUACAAAAAGAGAAUAAGGGAUGACAUCUAGAUAGUAUAAUGGAUUUAGUUUUCAGGGGAUCUGUUUAGAAAAUGUUAGUUUAAUGUUACAGAAAUACCUAACACUAACCUGCUGUUUGUAUUCAGCAAAAAAUAAAUAUCACUAAUUUUACAUGAACUAGUUUUGUUAUAAUUACAAACUGAGUAACUAAAUUCUUGUUUUAAACUUGCUAAUUUAGUAAACUUAAUUUUUAUGGUCUUUUUUACAGACUUCAAAUAUCACUAAUAAAUUAUAACAGUCAUAGCUAAGUCUAGUAGAAGUAUUCAGUUAUUUAAGAUGAAUAAAAAUGGACUCUCAGAAUAGUUCAGUUGCUUUUAAAACAGUAUCAGUUUCAUGUGGAUGCUUUCAAAGCCAACUGAGGUAUGCUAAUUAGUAUCCAACUUUGCUUAGCAUGUUAAAGAGCUUGUUUUUGAGAAACCUUAGACUGAAUAAAUUGUGUCUGAGAAAGGAGUGAAUUUGUCCAUGACAUCUAAGGCUAACCUGUUAAAAGUCAUUAAAAAAACUAGACUUCUUCCCCCAUUGUUUUGGAACAGAUUUGAAAAGAUUGUAAUUAGUAUGGGGGGGAAAUUUGUCAUCACGCAUCCCAACUUAGUACCAGUUUAUAAAGACUAAAAUUUACUCUUUUUUGUAGUAAAUCCAGUGGUAGCCUUGACUAAACCUAUAAACUAUAAUUCAGUCACCAGGGAUGCUUUUUUAAAUUAUGCUUUCUUCCCCAAACUAACUGAAGGACAUUGCAGCUCCUUAUUCAAAGCACUCUACAAUUCAACACAAUUUAGCUUGAUCCUUGAAGGUAAGAGGAAUAUUGUGAAAAGGCAUGUUCUAUGCAGAAGCCAAGGUAGAAGUCAAGAUCUGUAUGAAAAAUCUAAACUGCUAAGUUGACUGAAGAAUUAAAUACAUGAUCAUAUGAUCAGUUAAUCCAUUGAUAAAUUAGUAAUAUCACCCCAUUGUUUCAUUGAAAGUCAUUUUUAUUUUGAAUAUUCUGUUGGCACUAUGGAGUACUUUGGUUGGAUAACAAAAGACAUGGAAACUGGUACUUAAUGCUUUGGGGGAACCAAUGCCAACUCACACUGAAAUAAGCACGUUUUCCUUUUGAGGGUUGUUCCCAAAUAUCUCCCUAUUCCACAGAGAAACUAGUGUUACUUGAAGGUGUGAGUCCCUGUGGCAGCCGUACCUUGAAGCACAGUAUUGUAAAUAAGUAAAUAUUGUCUUGGUUCAAAAUUUAAAUCCAGAUUUCAUUAAUAUAUUAUUUUAUAUCUUUGUUGUAUCAAAACAUAUUUAAAAGAACUAAAAAUAAAACAUUUGAAAGCUGC